AUGAGCGACAGCAACACGAUCGCGAACCGAAGCAAGUACUACUUGACCGGUGCUUUGGCGUACUUGAACGGCAAGCCGCACAUCGGACACGCUUACGAAUUUUUGACAUCCGACGUAGUCUUCCGCUUUUAUGAGGUGCUUGGCGUGGACGCGAAAUACGUACUUGGCUCGGACGAGCACGGGCAGAAGGUUGAAGCUGCCAGCGCUGCGAAGGGCGUGAAACCUCAGGACUGGGUGGAUUCGUGUGUUGUUAGUUUUCUCGAAUUGAUGAGCAAACUCAAUAUUACAAAAUUCACGUGGGUACGCACAACCAGCGCCAAGCACAAGGAAUGUGUGCACUGGCUUUGGAAUCGAGUUUUCGACAGGGGCUACGUCUACCUCGGAACGUACGACGGGUGGUACAACCCGAAGGAAGAGGCGUUUGUUACUGCAAACGAAGCGAAGCUGCACAACUUCGUCUGUCCUGUUUCGAAAAUUGCUUACGAAAUGCGAUCGGAGGAAUGCUACUAUUUUAAGAUGAGCUUAUUUCACGACCGAAUUCUGCGCCUCAUUCGAGAUACUGACUUCCUCAUGCCUGUAGAUCAGCGCAACGCACUAGUCGCGCGGCUGGAGAGUGAGCCUCUCUCUGACCUGAGUGUCACGCGCACAAAGCUGUCUUGGGGCGUACCAGUGCCGAACGACGCGAAGCACGUGAUGUACGUAUGGUUCGACGCGUUGUCUGGCUACCUAAGUGGCGUGAAUGCCCACAAAGCUGAUACCGGUGAUAAAACAUAUUGGCCCGCUGAUGUACACAUCAUCGGCAAAGACAUCGUUUGGUUCCACUGCGUGAUCUGGCCUGCGAUUUUGAUGGCGGCCGAAAUCGAGCUUCCGAAACACGUCUUUGCGCACGGGUUUGUAAUGGCGGAAGAUGGGUCCAAAAUGAGCAAAUCGCUCAACAACGUGAUCGAACCACUUGACUACAUUGAAAAGUGCGGCGCAGACCCUUAUCGCUGGUACACAAUACGAAACGGACACUAUGGGCACGACAUCAAGUUCAGCGGGCAAGCAUUGUACACGAUGAACAACGCGGACUUGUGCGGGAUCGUCGGAAACUUGGUCAAUAGAGGGCUAUCGCUUUGCGAGAAAUAUUGCGACUCAUGUGUCUCUUCGCUUUCCUACUCUCUGCUAUACAAUGCAGCAGAAAUAUUGCAUUCAAUAAAAAGCUCGAUGGAGCAUUUUGAACUUGAAGCUCUCGCGGAGGCGGGUCUUAAAGUUUGCAGAAGCGCCAACAAGUUUUUGACCGACGAACAGCCCUGGAUCAUGGAAGACGCUUCUAAGCGCACACAAGUCAUUUAUAGUGUUCUUGACAGCGUGUACUUCGUCGCGCAUGUGCUUUACCCUGUGAUCCCAGCUGCGGCGCUAAAGAUUUGCGAUUUAUUGAAUCUACCGAUGCAGCUAUUGACUGACUUUAACCAGACUCCUAACCUGAAGCUCGGCAUCGUAGUGAAGAAACGCACCAACUUGUUCGCCCACCUUCAGUGGAGCUGA